UGCAGCGCCUGUGCCGUUUCGGUGCGGAAAGACCACGUUUGUCUCCGCUGGCGCUUCACUGCCGCUUUGGCAGCCAGACUGCGAGCUGUUUUCGGAAUCCGGAAAUGAUGAAAAAUGUUUCAGGGGGAAAAGACUUGACUUUUCGGAGGAAGCGAACAAACGGCGGGCUGAGGAGCAGAGAGUAGAAGAGAGAGAAGAAAAAGAAAAGAAGACGAGGAAAGGGAGUAACUGCAGACGGCGAGACCAAUGCGUAGAUAAAGUGAGAAAAGACAGAUUUCAUUACAGAGAAAUAGCAAGAAAACAUCCAUCGCGAGGAUAUUGCGGAAGAUCGGCUGCGGGGAAACUACGGCUGACUGGAGAUCCUCUGCGGGAAGAGCAUGGGAGAGGGUGGGAUCUGAGCCGGAGGAGCUGGCAUGUCCGAGAGGCUCGCACCCUGACCGCCGUGCAUGACCAGCGCUGGCCCAUGUCCCGGGACACGGUGUCGCCUUCGCAAGGGCCCGGCGGCCCGGAGACGGAGCUCCAGCGCGAAAGGCGCCCCUUUCUCUCCGGCGCUCAUGAUGAGACAGAUCAGCCAAAUGAGUCGAAGAACCCAGGGGAAGCGACAGGAAGCCUGUCUUGUGGAGAGGGGUGUGGCCAGGGUCACGUGACCGGGGAAAACAUUCUCAUGGAUGACCUCAUUAGAAAUCAGCCCCAGCGACUGCCCCCACCUGACGGAGCUUUGGCCCCGGACCCCCAGGGUAGCCCCUAUGCUGGCCUGAGCAAUGGUAAUGGGGUCCCCCCCCCGGGCACCACGCACACGGCCGCAGAGCCCAGGAAGCAGCCGUCGCCCGUCUCACACAAGGUGCAGCGCAAGCUACAGUCCAGCCUGUCGGUUAGCAGCGGUGGCAGCCAGAGGAGCAAGGGCAGCUCCACGGUCUCCCACAAGCCGGGCUCCUCCCCAGAAGACUGCUGUGUCCACUGCAUCCUGGCCUGCCUCUUCUGCGAGUUCCUCAGCCUGUGCAAUCUGGUGCUGGCACAGGCAUCCUGCGGCGGCUGCAGCUCAGAGGCCUGCUGCUGCUGCUGUGCAGACGACCUGGGAGACGACUGCAACUGCCCCUGCGACAUGGACUGUGGCAUCAUGGAUGCCUGCUGCGAGUCCUCCGACUGCCUGGAGAUCUGCAUGGAGUGCUGUGGGAUCUGCUUCCCCACAUAAAGGGGCCCACACCUGCUCAAGCUCACCUCCAGUGGCCACUUCACAUUGAUUCCCAAGAAGUUCAGGAUCCCCCCCGUUCUGUCAUGAACUUCAAAGAACCACAGACAAACUGUGAAGGUCCUCAGUGCAAAGAUAUCAAGAUGGUCCAACAUGGACACUUUAUCGACUACCGUGAUAUUGGUAACAUUUUUUACAAUAGAUAUCCUGUAUCAAAAUGAGUUUUUAUAAAGGCAAUAUAGUUUCCUAUGCUAGAGUAGGACUUAGCAACAUGCUACAUUAGUGUAAUGUUACGAGAAACCGUACAUCUGGUAUAAUGGGAUGGUGUGUGUGUCAGUCACAGGCUGCAUGGUGUGUGUGUCGGUCACAGGCUGCAUGGUGCGUGUGUCGGUCACAGGCUGCAUGGUGCGUGUGUCGGUCACAGGCUGCAUGGUGCGUGUGUCGGUCACAGGCUGCAUGGUGCGUGUGUCGGUCACAGGCUGCAUGGUGCGUGUGUCGGUCACAGGCCGCCUGUGCGUGUGUCGGUCACAGGCCGCCUGUGCGUGUGUCGGUCACAGGCCGCCUGAGCUGUCCUCCACCAGCUUUAGAAGCCGAAGCACAGUGCCCAGAGAGUGAUGCGGAAAUGUCCAUCUUACUGAUUCCAGACACACCAAAGAAUAUUCUGGAAGUCUAAGAAACAUGGAAGCUACAUGACACUGUAUCCCCUUCCAGACCAUCCCCUCGUUCUCGCGAUAGAGUAAAUCAGUAACCUUUUCUGUGAGAAAUCAGGGUUUUUAAUUGGAGUCUUUAUUGUAUUAAUCUUGGACAUUCUGUAGCAUAAAGAGCAAAUACUGUAGAAGUAAAAAAAUCUUUUGUUUUAACAUUGUCUACUGUAGCUUGCUAACCCUUUAAAUCAUUAUCCACUUCAAGCACACAAACUGUAAAAAUGUUGUUUAUUAGGAUGCAUAUUGCUUCCCAGCUGACGGCUUUAGUUACCUUAAGAAAAAGUGCAGAAACUGUACAGAAAAAUCAGCUGAGGAUUUUAUCAUUGUGAAGUGAAACUUACAGUCAAACUAAUGGGCGAGGUUUUUAUACUAAUUACUGAAAUGAGCUUCCUGCAGAAGGAAGGAGACUAGUUUAUCCUCUGUGCCUCUUGGAACAAAUUUAUUAACUCAGCAAAUGUUUAGCGGGAUGUUUGAGUAGCAGUUCAUCUACCAGCCUUUAAACUGGGCUUUUGUUGGGAUUACUGGCUUCCAGGACUGAUAUUUCAGUUUAUUUUGUUUUCAGUGUUACUACGUGAAGGUUUCUCCAUCUCUGUACCGUAGUGACCUGUCUCAGGAUCAGUGAACUUUGUUUCGCUUGCCAAACAGUUAAUUUCCUUUGGUAUAAUGUUCAAACCAAGCUGAUGUGAUUCCCAGCACGCAUUCACUUCACAUUAAUCCUUAUUAUUCAAAUAGUACUCAUUGGAAUGUGUUCCUGGAAGCUGAGAGUCAUCAAUAACCUACUUGGGGGGAUCAUUGUGACUCCAGCCAUGAUAAGUGACACUGGAUUGUGAGCAAAUCAAAGAAAUGCAAAAACGGUAUGUUUUACUGUACCGAGAAUGCGCGUUAGUGUGGGUCAGCAAAAAUCCCAUCACACAAGGCAAGUCUGUGAUGCUUGAUAGAAACAAUGCAAGUAAUUUGACAUACUUUACAAUAUUAGGAAGUCUUAUUUGGGAAUGUUGCGAUCAUUUUCCUUGGCUAAAAUAGAACCAUAUCUCUGUGCCAUUAACAGCAUCUGUAAUCCUUUGAUUGUGUGUGUGUGUGCGUGUGUGUCUGUCUGUGUCUGUCUGUGUGUGUCUGUCUGUCUGUGCCUGUGUGUGUGUCUGUCUGUCUGUGCCUGUGUGUGUGUGUCUGUCUGUCUGUGCCUGUGUGUGUGUCUGUGUGUGUGUCUGUCUGUGUGUGUGCCUGUGUGUGUGUGUGUGUGUGUGUUUUCAGCAGAUCAUCUCUGCAGCACAAGCUGCACACUAAUACAGGUCAAUACUAAACUAAGGUUUUUCUGUUCGAUCUCUGAUGUUUUUACUACUAGAAUUUAUUUGGUGUUACCUGGGAAAACAAGACAAAUGUGAAAGUCCAGUUUUAAAAUAGCUGAUAAGCUGAUAAAUUAGAUAACACAUUGGAUUUCUUUUUCAGAUUAUAGAUCCAAAUGCACUAGACCAGAGGUGCCCAGUUUGACAAUUGCGAUCUACUGGUGGAUCGCAAAGGUAGUGGGUAGAUGGCAUGGAAGCAACCGAGUCGGCUAGUCAGCCUCCAGUUAAUUUCUACUAAACUUAGGAAAGGGUAUAAAAAUGAAUGGGGAAGCUGGACCAAGUAAGAAGCCAAAAACCUGCCACUUCCAUACGGAAUGGGAGGAGUUGUUUAUUUUCACAAUGUCAUAUUGGAAGUGUGUUUGCCUCACAGUAUCUGUCAGUCUACCAUCGCUAUUCCGAAGAAGGGAAAUGUGGGCGGCGUUUUCGGACUGUUCAUAAAAACGACGACAUUAACCUCCCUCCGAAAAGCGAGCUGAGAAAGAGAAAGGUGAAGGAACUAAAAUCCCAGUUCAAUUCAAAAAUGCUUUAUUUAUCCCAAAGGGAAAUUAAUAAUGAUGAUAAAAAUAAUAAUAAUAAAUACUCGGUAUAUCUAUAACUAAAUAUAUGCUUUGUAUUUUUAUAGUAGGUAGAUCAUUUUCACUUGGUCAUUUAUAAGUAGCUCGCAAGCUGAAAAAGUGUGGGACCCCUGGGCUACACGUACACAGUGAGCUCCCCUUGAUAAUGUUAAUAGCAUUUCCUGUGUCCUAUACUGUAACUUUUGUCAUUUUUUUUCUAUACUGUAUCUGACAACAUUCAUAAUCCUGCUUUUGCUGUGUUUGUCAUUUUGAGUUGUUAUGCUGAACACUAUUUGGAAAAUAAAACCCAUUUCCUUUAA